UUUUUGUAUGAACCGGUGCGACCGGACAGCAAGCCGCCGGAUUUGGCUGAUGUAGCCGUGCCGCUUUUAACUGAAUGGCAUUACAGCCGACGGCAACGGGAUGACACCACAAUUUAUAUCAAUCCAACUGGUCUUGAAACCACACAGAUCCCACAGUUUAUGCGCGUAUGGAACAGUUUAUGGAUUACAACAAUGUCAGCUUCGCCACAGAUCAGCGAUCGUAUCCUGAAUCCCUCGUGGAUUGCUAUGAACGAUUUCUCCACCGGCCAAUGUGGCCAGCUGUACAUCCAAAUACUAAAUAAAUUCCGUUGGAGCUCAGUUUUUAUUAUUAUCGAUCCGGGAGAUCCCGGCGUUUUUGCGAUUGUAGCAUCGUUUGUCCAGAAAGAGCUGGAAAAGCAGCCUCACAUUAAGGCCUUUGUGCAAAAGAUAGCAACUAAAAGCACCAAAGUGCCCUUUGGUGCCUUCGACUCGAUUUUGAAGGAUGUUGCUGCUGUCAGCCGCGUCAUUUUAUUCUUCGGGCAUGCCGUAUUCUUGCGCGAACUCUUGAUUACCGCAGCAAAAAUGGGUAUGACAAACGGAGAAUAUGUUUAUAUAGCGAUCGAAACUAUGCGGAACAAACCAAUUCUUGGCGAUUUUAAUUGGAGAUACAACGACAACGAUGAUGAUCUUGCCUUUCGAGCAUACCAGUCCCUGCUCAUUGUUCAGCCAAAAAACGUCGACAUGACCCCCAAUUUACAACUAGGAAUGGAGUUCAUACGUCGUUCUUAUCGAGAUUACAACUUAUCAUACAACAUAUCUGACCAGAACUUUCCCAAUCUCAUCAGUAGCUACCGGGCAAUAACGGCGACCGCUGCGUUCCUUAAUGAAUCUCUCUCGGGGGUGGAUGAUUUGGAUUAUCAGGAUGGCAGAGCUUUAGCGCGGAUGUUCCUCAAUCGAACGUACACCGAUGAGUACGGUAGUUUGUACAUCGACAACACGGGACAGCGACGCACGGAUUUUGUCGUCACCUACUUUGACUCAUUCGGCAUUCGUACUCCACUCUUAUUUAAAACCGGAAAGAAUGAUACAUUAAUGGAGGCUACCCGCGUAACCGAAUGGGCCAACUCCUCUAAGCCAUUCCCUCCACCAAAUGAACCUUAUUGUGGCUAUUCUAACAACAAACCGUCUUGUUUGCCGAAAAGCGAUAAUACGUCGAUGCUCAUCGCUAUCUUCACAGUCUCUGGUUCUUUCAUCGUCGCAGCGAUACUUUCUAUAUUCCAUUGGAGGUACACGAAAAUAAGGUACAAAGAAAGGUUAUUACACGAUCCUUGGUGGCAAGUGGACAAUGAUGACCUGAAAGCACCAUCUUACUUCAACUCAUACGCGUCUUCACUUUUUGCUGGACCUGAACACCCGUACAAUGACGCUGUAUCUAUGAUAUCGCACUCGGUAAGUCACACUGCCGUUGAAGAGAUCCUGACUUUCAAGUUUCCAAUGAACCAGGCGACAGCUGUCCGGUUCGCAUCGCUCCAUGGAAAAGGUGUUGCAUGUUUCCCCGUUGCGCGCGGUAAAGGUCAUUUGAGUUUUAAGGAACUAUCCAACAGUCAGCACUUACUACGGCUUCUUCGAAAGUGCUGGGGGUUGGAUCAUCAGAAUGUCUGUCGGCUUUAUGGGAUAAGCAUUAACUUGACCGCUGAGAGAUUCAGCGUAAUGGUGAUCUUCGCGUGCCCCUCCAGAGGGAACCUGCCGCAAAUGUGCAACGGUGUGCUGGGCGCAGAUUUUACAUUCACAAGCUCCUUUGUCAUGGACUUCCUUGAGGGUUUGCAGUAUAUUCACAACUCCAAGGUAGCUUACCAUGGACGGCUCAGUGUAUUCAACUGCUGGAUCGAUAAGCAUUUUACACUGAAGCUCAUGAAUUUGGCUAGCGAUAGAAUUCGCGAUGAACUGGAACUCAUUGAUCUUGACGGCAGUAUGAACUGCCACGGUCCAGUUAACGCACCCUGGGAACAGUAUUUUUGGCUAGUUCCGGAGCUGGACGAAAUUGACCAAUGGGACACCGCACCGAAGUCGUGGCAAGCAGUCGAUGUAUUUUCUACAGGAUUUGUCCUGUACGACAUAUUAACGAGCGGAACCCUGUACAAAAAAAUGGAGGAGAUGUUCGGCACUGCAACUAUAAUCUACCCGGAAAAUAACCGCGAUAACCCACUGGAAGCUGCUAUUGACUACAUGGAAAUAGCCGAACUGGCCAGUGCCAUUCACGGCUGCUUAAGUGUGAUUCCGGAAGACCGACCGACUGUCAAACAGCUGCGCUCGCAACUGAAAGAGCUCUCGCCGCUGCUUUCCCCGGAAAACAGCCAGUAUAAACUAUUCGAUAAGAUUUACCGGAGGUUCUGCUACUAUUCCAAUCAGUUAGAACAAGAAGUCCAAAAGCGCUCCAGAGCGUUGAAAGAUGCACGAAUGCGCUGUGAUGCGCUCGUCAGGCAGUUUUUACCGAAAGAAAUCGUGAAAAAUCUUCGUGCUGGACAGUUUGUAGCACCGGAAUUAUUUGACUGUGUAACAAUCACGUUCGCUCAACUGGACGGAUUUGCCAGUUAUGUGCUGGAUGCACCUCCGGAGAUGAUAUUCGGGCUCAUUUCCUUGGUGGAAGACUGCCUGGAUGCAGUGGCCACGUUAUGUGAGACGUAUAAAGUGGAAGCUGUGCUGGAUUCGUUUUUGGUAGCAAGUGGAUUACCCAAGCGAAUUGGUUCCGAGCAUGUACGACGCAUAGCUAACUUUGCCUUGCGAGUGCUGGGGCUGGAACCCACAUUCAAUCUGCCCAAGGAUCUGCGCAUAAAAAUUGGAAUCCAUUCCGGGCCAUGUGCUGCGGGAGUAAUUGGAGUCAAGAGGCCCCGAUAUUGCCUAUUUGGCGACACGAUCAACGUUGCAUCACGAAUGUGCAGCCAAGGGAUGCCGGGGCAGAUACAUCUUAGCUCAAGCUCUAAGCAACUUUUAGAAGAGUUCAACGAUCAUGAUUAUGUGAUUGAGCUUCGAGGUCUGCUGAAAGUAAAAGGCCGAGGCGAUAUGACUACGUACUGGUUGAUCAAAACGUCAAGCAUACAAAUAAAGCAAUAA